AUGUCAUUGCCAACCAACACGCAAUGCGAUGACGCCUCUAUUUCCUCAACGCCCACUGCCGCCCCCCGUGUCAAUGUUGUCCCGCUGAUCAAACCGCGUCACCAGAGGAGGCAGCGGGGGUAUCAUCAUAUGGAGGUGACAGACUCGUCAGGGGAUCGCCUAUCCGCCACCACAGCGCUCCAGCAGCAUACAAGGGAAGUCCUCACCGUUCGCAAUGGACCAAUGACUUAUGAACAGGAAAUGUAUUUUCACCCUCAUGAGUUGUACAAGCAUGGGAAGUAUCAGAUACAUACGAGCAGUGUCGGCUACAGCAGUGGAGGAGAUCUCGUGAUCACACGCGAGUGCGUCUCUGAGCCAAACGAUGUGGAUAUGGGUUUUUUGCGCUACCGAUCUGAAAUUGACAGGGCCAUCUGUUUGGAUCCCAAAGCCCGUCGACCCUUUUCAGAGGAUGAAGCGAAAAAAAAAUUGCGCUUUAAUGUUCCUCGCUAUCGCAAGUAUCCCGGUAUUCGCGCCCCAAGAAACCGUAAGGUACGCAAUCGCCUUUUGAAUGAUUACUUCGCCACGGAAUAUGCACGUAAAAUUAUGGAAAAAUACCGUGAACGUCAGGCGAAUGGAGAGGAAGAAAGCGAUGCAUCGCCUCCUGUACGUCCUGUAUUUGGAAACCUUCCGCCCUUCUUUUUAAAGAUGCUUGACCUUGACGAAGAUGCUCAGACGCGUGCUCUUGAACGAUGUGGAGUUCAAAUGCGACCCCCAUUUGUUUCUGGACCCAAAGACCCCGAUUCAGGCGAAGCACGUUUUCAAUCCAUGAACGCUCGUCUGAGGUCGGAGUUGGUGCAUGCACUCUCCAGUGAAUUUCUUACGCGACAGAUUUUUGAUUUGGAACGUGCCUUUGCCGCCUUCAUUGUAGAAGGGAAUGUGAAUAAACCACUGGAGUACAAAUUCCGCGAUGGAUACGGGCGUCUCGUGUGUCACGGCGUUGCAGCGUACUAUAACCUUUUCUCCGAGUCUCAGCAGCAGCCCGAUGGCUCCAAGGUGACUAUUGUGAGUUGGCCAAAAAAGAAAAUACAUUCUUCUGUGCCACUUACUUUGCCACGUACAAGUCUUAUGUAUAUACUUCGAAAGAAGCGUGGCGAUACUUCAAGUUGCUCCUCGACGUCCACACCGCAAACCACGCCGUUUGCGCAUGCUGAGGACCCAGAACUUCUGCCCCUACCAUUUAAUCUGGAAGCGGCAUCGACAGACCAUGAGGUAACUACCGUGCUAACGCCCACCCCGGAGCACGGGAAUUCAGCGGACGACGGAACUCCCCGGCCCCUUGCGAUUUAUGAGCCAUUUUGGGGGGGUGCAGCCGAGGGCGCGGCCAACGAAACUACACAAAAAAAGAAAAUGCGCAAGGCCAUGAAGGCGGCGCAGCAACAGAAGGAAGAACUGAUGGAUGAAACCAUAUAA